AUGGCCGCGACUCGUCUGCUCCCCUUUCUCCACCUGCUCCUCGUCUCCAAGGCCGUCCUCUCGUCAGCCGCACCCCGUCUGCCAAAACGAGUCUCUCUGACCGUUCAAGCCCACGCGCAGCGCCUUCGAUCGCGAGCCGCGGCUCUGAGCUCGAACUCCCAGGGCCUCUUCAGUGAGCUCCGAGGCGCCGCAACCCCCGCCGCGACCGGCGGGCCCAUUAAGUACAAUGGAGGAUCUGGCAAGGCCUUCGCGUACGACACGCACGGGAUUUACGUGCUUCUAUCGAGCAAGGACGUGACUCUAUCGUCGGACUUCUGCAGCCACUACUGCGGGUGGCACAAUGCGGCCCACAUCGGAUCAUCCCCAUUAUACUACGCGUUCGUGGGUCACCACGCCCAGUGCCCCAACGCGUGCGGCGUAAAGAGCACCUCCCCCAAUGGCAACCCCGCUAUAGACGCCACCAUUUCAACUCUCGAGCACGAAAUUACUGAAGCUGCUACGGACCCAGAUGCUAAGUCUGGCUGGUUCGACGCGGGUGGGGAGGAGAAUGCGGAUCUGUGCUCUUGGAAUUACGGAAAUACGCUCAGUGCAAACGGUUACAGCUAUAACAUGGUUGGACUGAACGGAAUGAGAUUCCUGGUGCAGCAGAACUGGGAAAGGCAGCUGCAGAACAUCGCCAUUCUCAGCAUCGGUAUCCGUGACUCGCGUGCGCCAGCAGCAUGGAUUCCAGACUCGCGCUCUUCGCGCUUCUCCUCGCCGCCGUCCUUGUCUCAGGUGACCUCUUACUACCUUCACCUACCCGCCGCGCCUUCUCAAGCUCACCUAUCUGCGCCCCCAUCCCUCUCGUUCUCUGUGCGCCCAUCCCUCUCGUUCUCUGCGCGCCCAUCCCUCUCGUUCUCUGCGCGCACCCGCCUUCCGUUCUCUGCGCGAGCGUCCUUCUCCGCGUCUGAGUGCGCGUCGCUCAUUGUCUGUGUGCGAGCGUGCGUGGCAGCGAGCGGCAAGGUGGAGAAGGACGUCAAGCAGCUGCAGAUCGGCGUCAAGUUCAAGCCGGAGACCUGCAGCACCAAGGCGCGCAACCUCGACACUGUCAGGGUUCACUACAAGGGCAUGCUGGUGGACGGCAGCGUGUUUGACUCGAGCUACGAGCGCGGCGACCCGCUGCAGUUCCGCCUGGGGCAGGGCAACGUGAUCAAGGGGUGGGACAUAGGCAUUCUGGGCAUGUGUGUGGGCGAGAAGCGCAAGCUCAAGAUCCCCGCGCACAUGGGGUACGGCGAGUCAGGCUCGCCACCCAAGAUUCCCGGCGGGGCAACACUCAUCUUUGAGACGGAGCUGGUGGAGAUCGUGGGGGCCAAGCCGGACGACGAGCUCUGA